GGGAAACUCUUGCUCUCAAACUUUUGUGGGCGCUGCUUCUCGGCGCUGUAGCUUGCUUAUUUCUGAGGGCUUUUCUUACAGUGUUUGUUUAGAAAACUCCUGAAGCCACGCCGAAUCCCAGAGCCAUGGAGGUAGCGAUGCCUAAGGACCUACAACAGGAGGCCAGCCUAGCCAAGAGACGGUACAUGGACCUGUGCAGGCAGAGACGGAUCUUCGACGCCAGGAACAGGAUCAUUGGGGGAGACACAGAAGCCUGGGAUGUUCAAGUUCGUGACCAGAAGAUAAAAGAAGCAACGGACAAAGCUAGGCAUGAAACCUUUGCUGCUGAGAUGAAACACAACGACAAAGUCAUGUGCAUAAUGAAUGACCGGGAACAGAGGCACAGGAAACAACUGUGCAGAGCUAUCAAUGACUUCCAGCAGAGCUUUCAGAAGCCAGAAACUCGCCGUGAAUUUGAUCUCUCUGACCCCCUGGCCCUUCAGAAAGAGCUUCCAGCCCGGGUUUCAGACAAUGACGUGCGGAACACUAUAUCCGGAAUGCAGAAGUUCAUGGGAGAGGAUUUGAACUUCCAAGAAAGGAAGAGGUUUCAAAAGGAACAGAAUAGAGAAUGGGCUCUGCAACAGUAUGGGGAAUGGGAGAGAGCCCGGGCUGACCACAAACUGGCAGAACACCACCACACUCAGACGCUACUAAAGUUUGAUGAAGCAGCCAGAGACUUGCAGAAGCUGGAAGGCUCCACCAGGAAGGAAGUCUGCGCAGCCGUGAAAGCGUUCAACAAGAGCCAGGUUGUGGAGUUGGCAGAAAGAAAGAGGCAUGAGAAACAACAAGAACAAGAAGACAACAUGACCGAGAUCACCAACCUGCUGCAUGGGGACCUGCUCUCUGAGAACCCUCAGCAGGCGGCCAGCUCCUUUGGGCCUCACCAUGUGAUCCUUGACCGCUGGAAGGGCAUGAACCGGGAGCAGCUGGAGGAGAUCUGGUUCACGCAGAAGCAGCAAAUCCAGGAGAAAUUGAGGCUUCAGGAGGAAGAGCGCCAGCACAGCAUGGACUGGGAUCUGCGCAGGAUCCAGAAGGCUCAUGCCAGCCUGCUGCAUGAGCGGCAGCAGCAGCGCUUGCUGCGGGAACAGCGCAGGGCCCUGGACUGCAGCAACCUCAACCUGGCCAGGCAGCAGUAUAUACAGAAAAAACUAAUGGAUGCAGCCUCCUCAAGUCAACCCACAGAAGACUAUUUCUCACAGUUUAAUACAAGAAGCCGCUAA